AAGGGGAACGUCGGUGUUGUUGCACAGCCCGCGUUUGUGGACGGAAGAAGAACAGGUCCGAUGAAUACGAGCUCUCUUUUAACGCUGUCGUGAAGCUUAUAACAAUUUAUUCUUUUAGCUUAAUUAAACAGUUCUCUGUUGGUGUUUCAGCAACACCGUGGAGACUGUUUAAUGUAAGCUAGCAGCUUAGUUGCUGGGCGGUCAGGUGAUGGUCAAACAGCGUUUGCGACUUCGGUCCUGGAGCGAAACGUUUGACAUUUAGUCCAGUUGUGACUCGGAGAGAUGCCUCCUAACAAGCGAAUGCAGAAGAAAGCACUCAAGCUGGAGUGUGAGUGGGGUUCAUGCCAGGAAUCAUUUAAUCGGAUGGAAAACUUUUGCAAGCAUGUGGAGGGUCAUCUAAGUGCUUUGGAAGAAGAGGAGGAGGAAGAAGAAACAGAGGGGGAGAGAAGCUGUCUGUGGAGAGACUGUGGUUUUUGCUCCGUGGAGGGAUCUGAAGAGUUGCGGCGACACGUGUUCUUUCACUGUUAUCACACUAAACUAAAGCAGCUGGGUCAGCAGGUUCUCAGUGCCCAUCCAAAAAUCGGCAACUGCUCCAUCGCCUACCACAAUCGCAACAUCAUCCCUGAAAUCCCAGAUAAUUUUGUCUGCCUUUGGGAGGAAUGUGAACAACCACCGUAUGAAAACCCUGAGUGGUUUUAUCGCCAUGUGGAAAUGCACAGCCUGUGCAUAGAGAUACCUACAGGAGACUGUGAAAUCCCGAUACGCUGUGGAUGGAAAGACUGUGAAGCGACUGCUAAAGGCCGUCCUAAGCUGCGAGAGCACCUGCGCAGCCACACUCAGGAAAAGGUGGUGGCAUGUCCCGGCUGUGGGGGGAUGUAUGCCAACAAUACAAAGCUGUUUGACCACAUCAUACGACAGAGCGCCAUGGAAGGUCAGAGGUUCCAGUGCUCACACUGCUCCAAACGUUUUGCAACAGAAAGACUUCUGAGGGACCACAUGAGGACCCACGUGAGCCACUACAAAUGCCCAUUAUGUGACAUGACGUGCCCGUCGCCCUCUUCACUGCGCAACCAUAUCAAGUUCCGCCACAGCAACGAGAAGCCAUACAGCUGUGACUACUGCGAGUACAGCUGUAAGAAUCUGGUCGACUUGCGCAAACAUCUGGACACCCACAGCAGCGAGUCAGCCUUCCACUGUGACGUCCCUGGCUGUGGCUUUACAUCUCGAGCCGCUUGCACCAUGAAGAUUCACCACAAAAGAGAGCACGAGGGGAGUUUUGUAGCUCGCUACAAGUGCCAUGUGUGCGGCCAGUGUUUCACCAGGGGCAACAACCUAACUGUCCAUCUGCACAAAAAGCACCAAUUUAAGUGGCCGUCCGGACACCCCAGGUUCAGGUACAAGGAGCACGAGGAUGGUUUCUUGCGUCUGCAGCUGAUUCGCUACGAGAGCGUGGAGCUGACCGAGCAGUUGAUGCGAGAAAGACAAAACAGGCAAGCGGAGGAGGACGGCGGCAGCGAGCCGACGGAAGGUCAGGAGCUGCAGGAAGGAGCAGCUCCUGCAGAGGUGCAGGUGGAAUUGAAAGGGGUGCUGCUGGAAGAGCAGAGGAUCGACGAGCCAGGCUCGACUGUUGGCGCUGAGGAAGGCGGACAGGAAGAGGGCAUGCUGUAUGUCCUCACUGGAGGACUGUCACAGGCAGGAGAGGAGUCUGUAAUGCUGCAGCUCCAGGAUGCUGCUCAGCAACAGGAGAUGGAGGUGCUUUGACUUGAUGCACAUCCUGAGCAGGCACAAAGUACACAGUCACACUCUUCUUGGAAUUCAUGAACUUCUACAAAAACCUGGCUUGGAUUUGAACAGAAAGCGAACUGCUUUACUUAAAUUCUAACAUCUGAAUUAAGGAACACGUACUGUUAUGAUUCAUGUUGAAUAUAAGCCUAUAUUAGGCAAGUAAACUGUAUUUUAUGUGUUUAUUUGCUAAUGUGUAGCAUCUUAAUUUUAAACUUUUCAGUUAGAUGUUCGUGUCUCAUGCUGUAAAAUCUGUCGAGACAGUUGAAGGCUAAUGUUGCACUGCCUGCUGGGUUCUCAAUCAAUCAAAUUCAGAGAUACAUCAGCUGAAACCUUUAAAGGUUAAGAACAUGAGUCACGGGACGUCGUGUUGUCAUUAAUAUUCAACAGAAUCUGGAUUAAAGCUAAGAGGGCUCACCUUAUCAUCUCGCAGAGUGUGUACCUUUCCCAGUUAAACUUGAAUAAACACGUGAAACCUU